UGGGGUGAGGAAAGGAGGGGGAGAAAAGGAAAGAGAAUGAGUAAAUAGAGGGGGACGCGGGGCGGGCCGCAAAGCGACAAAUCACGGGGCCUUGUGGUCUCCAUGACGACCCGACGCGGGGCGGGUAGCGUACUGCUGGGCGUCGUGACGUGGUGGAAUUGGCAGCGGGCAGUGCUGACGGAUUCCCUGCGGACCAGGUGUGCGGUUCGAGCUGUCAUGGACCUGGGACACAUGAGGAAGAGUUACCUCAAGGACCAAGAGGCCUUCGAGGAGGCGCAUCUGAUCUCGCUGGACCCCAUCCAGCAGUUCUCUAGCUGGUUCGAAGAAGCCGCCCGGUGCCCGGAGGUGUUUGAAGCCAAUGCCAUGUGCCUGGCCACCUGCACCAGGGAUGGAAAGCCUUCUGCCCGAAUGCUGCUGCUAAAGGGCUUUGACCAAGAUGGUUUCCGUUUCUUCACUAACUUUGAAAGCCGAAAAGGAAAAGAGCUGGAUUCUAACCCUUUUGCCUCCCUCGUCUUCUACUGGGCACCCCUCAAUAGACAGCAGGUACGUGUUGAAGGACAGGUACGGAGGUUGCCGGAGGAGGAGGCUGAGCUAUAUUUCCACUCCCGCCCUAAAAGCAGCCAAAUUGGGGCAGUCGUCAGUCACCAGACCUCUGUUAUCCCAGAUCGGGAGUAUCUAAGGAAGAAGAAUGAAGAGUUAAAGGUGAUGUACCAGGAGCAGGAGGUACCCAAGCCUAAAUAUUGGGGUGGCUAUAUCCUGUAUCCAGAAGUGGUAGAGUUCUGGCAGGGUCAAACAAACCGACUGCACGAUCGGAUUGCCUUCCGGAGGCUACACCCUGGAGAGCCUGCAGCAGGGCCCAUGACCCACCGUGGUGCGAAUGACUGGUUAUAUGAGAGACUUGCACCAUGACUGGGGGACUGAUUGGUGAUUGGACCCUCUCAGCUCAUGAUGGGAUCUGGCACAGAGUGGUGAGAAAUGCCAGGGACUUCCCAUUAGACUUUAAGCCUAGCCCACUUAACCCUACAUUUAUCCCUAGUUUGUGAAUGAGUAAUGAAAAGAGCACCCCAAAAUACAAAAUUGGAUUACCCAAAAAUAAAUUCUAUUUGGGUUUAAGUGUUUUCAGAACUAUAAGAUACAUACACAUGCAUAUUUUUUGGCAACAAAGUUGCCUUCCCAAUAACUGAUUUCAAGUUUGUGAAUGGUUGUCAUUCACAAUGAAGAGAAAUUACAUUUACUUGAUGUAUCACUAAAAGACAGACAUAGAAUCAGAUGGUCACAGGACGGUUAGUAAUCAUCUGUCAGAAUCUUCUAGUUGAAAUUCAAAGUGAAAUAAACAGUCAAACUAGAUGAGCUCGAGAGACCACUUUUUUCCCCCUUCUAAAAUGGACUUAAACCAAUAGUAAUUAUAGAAUUGCACAAUGAUGAACUCAGUUUGAUGAACUCAAUCCAGCCAGAUCCUGGUGGGAGUGUGCCUAAUGGGCGGGGAGGAAUUCGGUUUGGGGUUAAACAUUCACUGUGACUCAGCUGUGUGUGAGAAAGUUGAUUGCUGCUUGAACUAUUGUUGUUGCCUGUUUUGUGAACAUGUGUAUAGAUUCCUGGAUAGCCCAGCCUGCCUUGGUCUGUCUCCCCACCUUGAUUAUAAGUUCUAGAGCUGGAGUCAGCAAACUUCAGUCCAGACCCACAGGAACCUGUUUCAGUAAGGUCCCCUGGAGCUAAGGAUAGUUUGAAAGUUUACUGUAUUUUUAAAAUGUUUAAAAAAAAAAAAAAAACCACCACUCUUAACUCCUGGCUCUUGGGGUCAGAUUGGACCCUCUGCCAAAGGGACCCUGCUCAGAGGGCCGUGGGUUCUGUGCAGGCUGGAGCUCUGAGUUCGUGGUUGUGGCGGACGUGCCUGUCAUGUCCGGAGAGCUGUAGGGAAGGGGUGUCUGUCUGGGUGUGUGAGACCGUCUGAGGGUCAGGGCCUUGCAAUCCCUUCUCCCUGGCCUGUCCCCUGUGCCACUCUGUACUCUGUUCACAUCCUGUUACCUCUCACAACGCUCUGUAAUAAAACCUUCAGCUGUGA